UGGCAGUUGGGUCCGUAAGGCCGAUUGGCUUGCGUUUCGCGCGCUCUUUUUCGGAAGUUAGAUCCAGUCGUUUCGCGAUUUUCGUCGAUGUUUUGGUGUCCGAGAAUCAAAGUUGUUCGUUGAAUAAACCCAGUUUUUAAUUUUAGUGCGGAAAUGACAUUCGAUUGUGAGCAUGUGUUACUAAAUUGAUUGAUGGAAAUGGUAUGGCGAGGGUCCAGAAAAAGAGCGGCCGAGAAAAUGUCAUCCGAAGAUGAAAGAAUAACAAUUUACCACGAGGGACCGUGCGUUCCCGGGGUGUGUAGGGGGGAGACGGCAUGCAAGUAUUACGUCAACAAUAACACCUACACGUGCUUGUGUACCCACGAUUCCCGCCCACCUACAAAAAAUGGUACCUGUCCUAGAAGAAUAGUAAAUGAACAACCUGGUAGAAUUCCAAAUGUACAACCUCCCUCCAUCAAAGUAAUACCUGUGUCAAAUACAAACAAUUCCAAGUUGCCGACGGUCGAUGAAUCGCUAGCAGCUACACAACGAUCUACGUUUUCGAAUUUCAUGGUGCCAUCCCUACUCCUCGCGGCUGGUUCCAUAGCAUUGUUCGUUUGUAUUUUAAUUUACAUUAAAACGAGAAUGCACAGGAGAACAGAAGCGACAUCACCGAUUAACCUCAAGCACAGCUUAUUAAUUGCUGAGAGAUACACUCCCAAUCCUCAAUACUCAGCGUGUUCCGGAGCAGGAAUUCCAGUGUUACGGAAAGAAACUUUAAAGUUUCUCAACGAAUUGGGAGAAGGCUGUUUUGGAAAAGUCUACAAAGGCGAAUUAAUCAGCGACGAUGGAAGCAAUUGCGAUAUAGUCGCCAUAAAAGUUUUAAAGGAUUCUGCUAGCAAAGAAAACGAAGAAGAUUUUUUCAGAGAGGUUGAAAUCAUGAGCGCUUUUCGACAUCCAAACAUCCUCUCGCUUUUGGGUGUUGUAUUAAGAGAAGGGGCUGUUGGCCCAAUGAUGGUGUUUGAGUACAUGAAACACGGAGACUUGGCAGAAGUGCUUCGCGUACAGCGUCGCCUCUCGACAGGCUGCUAUGGUGAAGAUUAUACGGAACAUCCACCGCUACUAUAUCCUUCUGAUCUAUUAAACAUAGCUCUUCAGGUCGCGAAAGGUAUGGAAUAUCUCGCCGCGCAGAGGUUCGUCCACAGAGACUUGGCCUGUAGGAAUUGUCUAGUAGCUGAGGGAUCGACAGUGAAAAUUGCGGACUUUGGAAUGAGCCGUGACGUAUACACUUGUGAUUACUAUAAGAUGGGCGGUUCCCGACUACUUCCCGUUCGAUGGAUGUCUCCAGAAAGUGUCGUCUAUGGACGUUUUACCCUUGAAUCGGAUAUCUGGUCGUACGGAGUGGUCCUAUGGGAGAUCUUCAGUUACGGAAAGCAACCAUACUACGGUCACAGUAACGACGAAGUAGUCAAGUUAAUUUUGGAUGGAAUCAUGUUGAUUCCUCCUGACGAUUGCCCCUCCGUAAUAUGCAACAUCAUGAAAAACUGUUGGAAGACGGAACCGAAACAUCGAAUACAUUUUUCCAAUAUCAAAACGGAGUUGGAGGCUGCGUAUGACGAUAAAAACUUAAAAUACAAGGAACAAAACAAUUUCACAGCCAACUACCAGAACGCAAUCACACACACCAAACAAAACAAUCAGCAAAACAAGACAUUGCCGCGUCCUCCGCCGCUGCCAAAUUUACCGAAGACUGACGUGCUCGAUUCGCAAGGUUACUUGCUACCAAAGGAAAUCAAAGAACCUGUGCAAUACUUAGAGACUUUGCCGCAUUGAUCCAGGCUCGAGUAGUAAAAACUGUUUCACUGGGAGUGAAAUAAGUUAUUUGAAUUGAAAAUUGCGAAUAUUGUGCGGAUGUGAGUAAAUAGAAAUUUAGAAACGUGUACUAAAUACUAGUUGCCGCGGUACGGUCUUAAUUUCGAAGUAACGUGGCGUGUUACAGUGAUAUUUCAUUCCUUGAGGAUUGAAUGGGAGUGCUUUUGGAAAACGCGACUCGUUUUCGGGUAAUUUUUAGGAACAGGGGCGAUUGGAAUCUGUUUUAAGUCAAUUGGAAAGCUAAUUCCCUAUGUUAAAGAUGGUGACCGAACUGGUAACAACCCAUAACAACUUGAGUUUGUUGGGUGUUACUUUUAAGCUUUUCUCGUAUUGUAUAUGAAAAGAACUCCGCAUGAAAUUUAUACCCGAAUUUAUUGAAAUUUUAGUAUCAUACAACGAAAUAUUGAGCUUUUAUCCGUAUUAUAAAAAAAUUGCUUAUUCAGUAAAAUGACAGUACAAAUGAGUUUGUGUUAAACAAUUAUGCUCAACUUUC